CCUUCUCUCAAUUCGUUACUAUACACUCAAAAAUCUCUAAAACACAAUCAAAUCUAGGGUUUCAGAUCUCAAUCCCCGCACAAUCAAACACCCUUCAAUUUCUCUAAUUAGGGUUCUGAUACCGCCUUCAAUCACCCUCCUUCGUAAUUCAGCUUAUUUUUUUCUCUCUUUUCAAUCGAUUGAAGAAAAAACUUUGCUUAUUGAGUUUCGAUUUUCAAGGGGAUUUUUUUUGUUUUUUUGUUGAUUAAUUGUUCGGUUUACCAUAAAGUUUUGUUUUUUUUUUUGUUAUCCUUUAUCGGUUUUGGGUUUUGGAAUUCUUCGGUUAAUUUUUAGGGGUUUUUCUUUUUGAAUUUCUAUUUGGUUCAUCGGAAAAAUCUAGGUUUUUGUGGGGUUUUUGCUAUGGCUAAUUCUGUUGAAGAAGACGUUGAUUAUGAGAGUGAUCCUGAAGAGGCGAAGAGAUCGCUUCUUACAAUGCGGAGGCGUGAGGCUAGUGAUGAUGAAGAGGAAGAAGGUGAAGGGGAAGAAGAAGGUGAAGGUGAAGAAACAGUUAAGAGUGAAGAUCGUCGUGUUAGGGUUCUUUCUGAUGAUUCAGAUGGUGAAGGUGGUGUUGCAGAUUAUGAUGAUGAAGAAGAAGAAGACUAUGAAGAAGAAGAAGAAUAUGAGGAAGUUGAAGAUGAAGUGUAUGAGGAAAAGGGUGUAAGAGAGGUUGAGGGUUCAGUGGUUAAAGAAUCUGAUGGUGAUGUUAUACCUUCUUUGGAAGAAGAUUCUGCUGAGGUCAAUUUAGAAGAGAAAAAGGAGAAUGAACCAUUUGCUGUGCCCACAGCUGGAGCUUUUUACAUGCAUGAUGACCGUUUUAGGGACAAUUCUGGUGCACGCCAAAGGCGGAUGCAUGGUGGAAGGAGACUGUGGGAGUCCAAAGAUGACAAGAAAUGGGGGCAUGAUAAAUUUGAGGAAAUUUCAUUGCAGGAUAGGCGCUUCGACGAGAGGAGGAAACCUUCUAGGGGUAAUUUUCGAGGGCGUGGUAAACCUCGUGGCACUGAUCGCGGAGGACAUGUUCGAGGAAACAGGAGAGAGUAUAAUGAUGGUAGCAAUCAAAAUCAGGUGCCUAGAGUUGUUGUGAAAGGGCGAGGGCCACGGAGGUAUGAACCUACUAACAGAAGGAAUGGUCCAGCUCCUCCCCAGGUGCAAAAUAAACAAUCUGGGAAAUCUCAGGAGAAAACUUCACAUGUUAGUUCAGAGAGAAAUUCCAUACCCGCAUCCAAUGCAGAAUCUGACCCCGUGCCUGCUAAGAAACACUCCUUUUCUUCCAAUUUGAACUAUGCAUCCCCACCAUUUUACCCAUCGGGUGCUUCCAACAAAGAAAUUAACCCGGCACAAAAACGGGAUGUUCAAAUUGGUAGCACCAGCAGGAACAUUCGCCCCGUUGUUAUGGAUGAGGGCUUUCAACAAAACAAUGCAUUGCAUCGGGGGAAGAAUGUUGUUAAUUCCAUUAACAUGGACAAGCUGUAUAUUGAUGAGUCUGUUGGCCCAUCUAUUGGAAAGCCUUUGAACAAUAUGCAUAUGGCACCACCUGGAUCUUCUGGAGUUCAUGCUUCUCAAUCUCCUUUUCCCCGUCCUGCUGGGCCUGGUAGAGGUGUUCCGAUCCCAUUACAGAUGAAUUAUCCACCUGCGCUCUCGCAUAAUCCAGCAAAUAAAGUUGCUCCAACACAAUUGCAGGCAAUUCCGAGAAGUUCUGCACCCGGCCGGACUUCAACAUCUGUGCAAGCUACUGCUCCGCAGACGGUCCAUCAACCUGGUAAUGGGUCUCAGUCUUCAUCUCCUCCAAAAAGAUCUGCAUCAAUUCAUUCACUUGAUUCCGGAGAAGGGGAUGCAACAUCAGAAUCAGGUAAAGCCAAAGGGGAAUUGGUUGGGAAGGGAAGGGGAGGUCCCCAGGGUGGAAGAGGACCUUUUGUUUAUGGUGGGCCACAAGUAAUGGGGGCUGCUGGAAAUGUGGGUGUCAGUCAUGGAGAUCAGAACUUUCCAACCUUCUUGCCAGUCAUGCAAUUUGGGGGCCAGCAUCCUGGUGGUAUAGGAGUUCCUGCUGUUGGUAUGGCAUUCCCUGGAUAUGUUCCUGGAAAAUCAGAAAUGACAUGGCUACCAGUCUUGGCUGGUGCUGCAGGAGCUUUAGGGGCUCAAUACUGUUCACCGUACCUUGCUGUUGAUGGUGCAUACGGUCGUCAACCAGGACAAACCUCUGCAAUGGAUAAUUCAAGCAAGGAAAAUAAUGUGAAUAAAGCUAAUAAUGAAUUGAAGCCACCACAAAAAUCCGAGCUGGUAAAUGAUGAGUAUGGACAACGACAAAAUAAACCUCGCAGAUAUUCAGAGAUGAAUUUUGGUCAGUGAAGUUUUAUAUAGGAUGCAGCUUGUUUGAAAUAAGCAGAUAAAGGCCUUCCUCUAGGCCCUUUGUUCUUCAGCUUUUGAUCUGGAGCACUUUGGGCUGCAAUAAAUUUCAAGAUUACUUAGUUGUAUAACACCUGCUCAUGCUGUUCCACAUUCCUGAAGUUAUUGCAGUUUGACGGGUGGUAGUUGCUUGUUUAAUUGUGCGGUUUUUCUUGCUUGUUUGGUUUUCUAAUGAAGCUUGUGAGAAAUGCUUUUCGUGAACUAUGGAUAUAGAAAAAAAAAGUCAUAAUGAUUGUGCAGCAGUUGAUUGCAUCAUGGAGAUACAAAAUUCUCUCAUGUAAAUGGUUUUCUUGUUCAUCUGGUUUUCUUAGUUAUAAGCUUAUUUCUAUGAUGACUAUAUAAGCUUUUGGGACAUUUUUAUUUUUUUUAUCAAUGCAUCGUUUUUCUUUUCAAUUUCUAUUUCAAUUAUUAACUGUUUUACUUUCAAAAUUUUGACCUAUUGUGAUUUAAAAGAUAAUUGUGUGGUAUUGUAAUAUCUACAAUGAUAUUCUAAGUUUAUUGUUUAAUGGCAAGUUCUAAGGUUCACCAUCGGUAGAGAUGGAGCAACGUUGA